UGAAAAUGGCGAGACUUGUUUUACAUUCACACAGAUAACUUUUGAAAAGAGAAAACAAAAAUGUACGCUGAGACAGUAAUACUUAUGAUUCUGACUGAAAGCGUGUACACACGGGCCGAAAGACUAAGUAUUUGGUCAUCUAAAGGACCAGACGACAUGUCUGAAGAAUACACUGUUCUGAACACAGAAACAUCGUGGUGGGAAGCGGCGUACUCCGGGUGUGAGGACGCAGGGGGCAGACUCGUGGUGCCCUCCACUGUGGGACAUGUCUCGCUCCUCCUGAAUUCUUUAGAGCAUGGCAGAUACUACUGGGCUGGAGCUUUCCAGACGUAUACUCCUUGGAAGUGGACAGAGACCAACGAGCCGUUAUUUAAACACGUGGGCGACAUUGAUGCUGGAAACCUAGUUCAUCGUCAUACAAUACAAUCUAACAGUGCAUUCGCAUGCUUCCAGCAUUGUAAACCGGUUAUACGCAAACUCGGAUUGCAGGUUAGUUGCAAACAAACAACUCCCUCCAGACUAUAUAUCGGAAGACGCUGCUUUUGUUACGUUCCUGAUAAUACAGAUCACGUGAAUCACCCAAAGGAAGACAAACAACACAUAAUUCGGUGUGCAGGAACUUUCUCUGAACACUGCGGUGGACGAGACAAGAUUUCCGUUUAUAGCAUAGAUCUUCCAGCUUCAGUGGGUAUCAUCAGCGACGCUGAUAAUACCGCUAACUGUGGUUACAUCAAAUACGACCACGACAACGGCUUCAAGCUGGGCUUUGAGAACUGCAGAAGCAAAAAAGGGCGUGUCUGUCCAGUCCGCUGGAUCACAAAAGUGCAAUCAUCUGAAGCUAAUGUGAAAAUCUACAUUUGUCAGAAGAAUUGUGCUGGAAUAAUUUAG